AUGGCGUUUAUCAUGAUGAAGAAAAAGAAAUUCAAAUUUAAAGUAGAUUUCGAAUUGGACGAACUGUCUUCUGUGCCCUUUGUGAAUGGUGUCCUUUUUUGUAAAGUCAGGCUGACUGACGGUGGCUUUGCAGAGGAGUCGUCAAGGGAGCCAGUGAUGGCUAACUGUGUACGCUGGAGGAAAAAGUUCUCCUUCCUGUGUAAGAUGAGCGCUAAUGCCGGAACCGGGGUUCUGGACCCGUGCGUGUGCAGGGUUUCCGUACGCAAGGAAGUGAAAGGGGGAAAAACAUUUGCAAAGCUGGGCUUUACAGACCUAAAUCUGGCUGAGUUUGCUGGGUCAGGGAGCACCAUUCGUCGGUGUCUACUGGAAGGCUACGACACAAAACACACACGUCAGGAUAACUCCAUACUGAAGGUUAUUAUCACUAUGCAGCUGAUGUCUGGCGAUCCCCUCUUUAAAACGCCUCCGUCCACAGCGAUGACCAUCGGCGUUCCAAGCGAUUCAGAAUGCCUGUUGGAGGACAGGAAGGGGGGAGAGACGCCCAGUGUGUCAGAAAGUUCUAGAAAGUGCACCUCUGCGUCUGAGGAGCAGGCAGUCUGCAGUCACUCUAGAACCUCCAGCUACGCCAGCCAACAGUCCAAAGUCUCAGGCUACAGCACAUGUCACUCACGCUCCUCCAGCCUGACUGAGCUCUCCCAUAAGAGGAACACGUCAGUGGGCAGUGCCUCCACGGGGAUUGGCAGCAUCCCAGAGCCCAAUGAGGAGAGGCAACUUCCCGGCACCCCACGUCACAGCAGCUCUACAGAGAGAGUGAACAGGCACCCAAUGAAACAGGACUCUGUGGAAUCCCAGUUAAAGAGGGUGGACGCCACCAGAGUGGACGCUGAUGACAUCAUCGAGAAGAUUCUCCAGGGUCAGGACUUCAGUCAUAGCGCGCUGGACUCCAGCACAGAGGAGGAAGGACUGCGUCUGUUUGUGGGUCCAGGGGGGAGCACUGCCCUGGGCAGCCAGCAUGCCAGGGUUGGAGCUGGGACAUUUGAGCAGGUCGUGAUUAAGCGUUAGUUACAGUCUGUCAGAUCUCUGUGACUCAAUGCCCUUUGCUCUGACAGGAAGAGGCACGAGGCUGCAAC